UUGGUUACUUUGGGGAUCGUGUUCCAGCUUUUGGAAUUUGUAAAAAAACGCGCUAAAAAAAUGUCCCGAUUGAGACAGUUAACUCGUGUGGCUGUGAUUGGCAUUGCUUCGUUGUCUGGUGCUUGUGUAGUGUACAAUAAUGUACGGAAACCCGUUUUAGCGUCGCCUUUAGACAGCUCUUCAGACGACCGCGCCUUGAGGAAUAGGUUGUCAAUGUUGUACAGGCCAAACUUUCAGGAGUGGGAUAGCAACUGGGAUUUGUACGAAAACAACGGGAAAAGAAGAAAGAAAGAGGAUAUGAAGAUAACAGAUAGCACGGAUAGUGAACCAGAUAUCAAGCCUACGGCCAAGAGACACUUAAUUUUCAUUAGGCAUGGUCAGUACGAGGAUGACAAAGACAACGAUGAAGAAAGGAUUCUAACGGAAAUUGGAAGGAUUCAGGCAGACCUUACAGGACAAAGGCUAAAAAGCUUGAAUAAACCAUAUACCAAGAUUAUAGUGUCAGACAUGACUCGUGCCAAGCAGACUGCUGAACUGAUCUUCAAACACUUGCCAGACGUUCCACGAGAGACUUGUUCUUUACUGAGAGAAGGAGCACCCAUACCCCCUGACCCACCUUCAUCUAACUGGAAGCCAGAUAAAACUAAGUUCUUCCAAGACAGUGCCCGUAUAGAAGCAGCUUUCCGAAAACAUGUCCAUCGUGCUGAUAAUAUGCAGAGUGGUGACACUAUUGAAGUUUACAUCUGCCAUGCCAAUGUCAUAAGAUACUUCGUAUGCAGAGCUCUCCAGUUUCCUCCUGAAGGAUGGCUUCGUAUGAGUAUUGGUCACUGUGGUAUAACAACCAUGACGAUAAGGCCAAAUGGAAGAGUUUCUCUUCGAAGUCUUGGUGACACUGGACAUCUCCCACCAGAGUAUAUCUCUUAGCUUUCAGCUAGUGAACAUUACACAUGACCAGUAAAAUCUAAAAUCUAGUGAGUCUUUAAAAGUAGAUUAGAUAGAUUCUAGUAGAUUUUAAAAGGACUGGAUUGGAAACAUGUGAUGUCACACAUGCAACUUUGAUGAUCCAUGGUCUGAUUUACAAGUCGCACAGCACAAAUUACCGGUAUAUAUGUACUGAUCAUUUAUUUCAAAAUAUUCUUGACUUCUAAAGUAGACUUGGUCUUAUAGCCUUGUGUCAUUUUUGGAGUCCUUGAAAUAUUUUUUCAUCCAAUAAUUUUUGAAUUGAAAAAUCAAUAAUAGCACAUACUAAUUGUAGUAGUAAAAUAUAUUACUUUCUGCAUGUAUUUAUAGAAUAGAGGUUUGCACCAUCACAUGAUGGCAGCCAUGUUCACAAUCGUUUUCCAUAAGAAAGAAUUCAAUCUCCGAGAGCAAAGGGAUGUUAUUGUUAUGCCAUCUAACCACAGGCAGCCCAAGUUGUGGGCACAUGAUGGUGCAAACCCUCUAUUACACAGUUUUCUUUCAUUUUUUGGGGUAUAGUUUAGAUGGAUUCACAGCUUGUUAUUUAUUAGGCUAAUUAAUUUUUUGUUAUUUAUCUUGAGCUCGGAAGUCAAAGAUUUCUUUAAUUUCUCUCAUUGAAUCUUUAAUUAUAAUGUCAAUACAAAUGUACAUUAAUUGUAAUGCAUACCAUUGUCAAAUACUUUCUUUGAUGUACAAGGCACCUAGUGUUAUAUGAAUUGAAAAAAUAUGAAUUGGUAUAUCAUGACAGGCUUAAAAUGACCAGUUAGUUGCCAGUCAUGAGCACCAUCCAAGUUUGUUCUAGCUCAGUCACACCACAUUUCUGGCUCAACAUUACUGGUCAAAAUGACCAGGAAGGCAAAGAGUUGACCAGAAAAAAUCCAAUUCUGGCCAGACAUUGUCUGAUAACUGUCUUAUUUUAUGUCCUAUUUUGAAAUAUUUAUAUUUUGGAUACAUCUUCAAGUGUUAUCAACAUUAAUAAAGUGCACAAUUUCACUGUCUGAA